ACUACUUUCAGUUGAGUCGCUAAGCCGUUAUUACACAAUUCUGGAAUUAACCAAUGACCGUUGCAUAGCAACUGGGUUUUUAUGGCAUGCGAGAAUUUACUGACAAGUGCACAUUUACAUGAAAUUUUCAUUAACAAUCUUUGUUUAUUUACAAAAUGUCCUCAAAAAAUGUGAUUUGUUUUGAUAUUUCAAAAAAUGAACGAUUCCAAAUAACCGACAACUAUAAAAUGUUACAUCGCAAAUUGAAAUCGCAAUACAUUAUAGAACAGAAUGAUAUGGAAUUGAAACCGGAAAUCUUGGCCAAAGUGAAAAUAUUUAUUUUGGCUGGGCCCCAAGAUCGUUUUACCGAAGAGGAGUUUGAAGUACUAAAGUCCUUUGUGGAUAAUGGUGGCAGUUUAUGGGUACUACUUGGUGAGGGAGGCGAAAAUGAAUUCAAUACAAAUGUGAACUUCUUUUUGGAACAAUAUGGCAUAUACAUAAAUAGUGACAAUGUUAUACGUCCACAUUACUACAAGAAUUUCCAUCCAAAGGAGUGCUCGAUUGGAGGUGGUGUGGUCUGCGAAUCAAUGUGGAGGCAUAUACUAAAGCAACCGGCCGAUAAAGUUGACUAUGAUUUUAGUGAUGAAAAAUAUAAGCUACAUUUCCAAUAUCCUUAUGGGUCAACGCUAAAUGUCUCUGAUCCGGCAAAUGUUUUACUUACAACCGGCCCGGUAGUGUAUCCCUUUAAUCGGCCAUUGGCUGGAUAUUAUUGUAACGAGGCGAAGGGUAAAAUUUUGGCCAUUGGUUCGGGUUAUAUGUUUCAUGAUAAAUAUUUGACCAGCUAUAAGACAAAUGAUGUCAUUUUGGAAUACAUACUCAAAUUGUUGGCUACCAAUGACAUACAAUUUAAUCAUUUGGAUUUUAAUGAUGUUGAGCUAAAUGAUAACAAAACAUUUACGGAUAUUGGUUUUAUUGCCGACUUACCAAAAGCCUGUCUGAUUGAUUCCAUCGGCUCUGAAAUACCGGCUGAUUUUAAGAAAAUGUUCGACAUGUCCUUGUGUUCUUUGAGCAAUCGUUUGCUCAAGGAUGUCAUCAAUACCUAUCAACAGUUAAAUGUUAAAUAUGAACCAUUGAAAAUUAUAAAACCCCAAUUUGAAAUCCCAUUGCCAGCUUUGCAAUUGGCGACUUUUCCGCCGAUUUUUAGUGAACCCGCUGCGCCACCUUUGGAACUCUACGAUUUGGAUGAGAUAUUCAGUCCGCCGCGUUCUCAGCUAGCAAAUAUGACUGGCCAAUGUUUACAGGCUCUACAAUCGUCCAAGAACCCCCGCAAACCACCAAAUCUCAAAGAAUUGGAAAAUUACAUAAAAGAAUGUGCUCGCAUCACGGCAAUUAUCAACGAACAACAUGAUAUGUCACCCCGGGAAAUUUUAAAUGUGGUGGCCCAUCAAAUCGUCACCUAUCGACCAUAUGAAUAGAAUUAAGUUAAAAUUAUUGUUACUGUUUGAAUUGGGCAUUAGUUUGGAUGUGUUAAUGAAUUAUAAAUUUAAUGAAGAAUGGAAAUACAUCGAUUUAAA